AUGGAUAACAUUACAGUGAUGGAUUUUCUAACAAAGGAGGAUCAUACGAAAAAACUUGUCCGUGAAAGACUUCUUGCACCUAUUGUAUACCUUAUAAUAGUUCUAAUUAUUGGAAUUCCUGGCAACACAUUCGUUCUUAUCAUAUACAGAAAUUACAACAACAAUGUAUACAGAAAAAUCAUCUGGACCGUCGGAGCUCUCGAUCUGGUGUUCUGCAUGAUUGGUACUCCGUUUAAUCUCGGUAGAAUGUUCAACUACUACAAUUUUAAGUCAUUACGAGCUUGUCAAGUGAUUGCAGGGAUGCUGGACGCUGGAAUCAUAACAACAGCACACCUCUUGAUGCUUUUGUCUGUUCAUAGAUUCCGACAAGUCUGUCUACCUCUUGGACGACAGCUAACUUUAACAACUGUGUCAUAUUUCAUUGCCGGAUGUUUUGCAAUAGGUGUAAUACUCGGAAUACCACAGAUUGCUGUUUUCCAACCGCUUGCAACGACAGAUCUAGGCAACAACGUGACUGGCUAUUCUUGUUCUGUAGGAUGGAAGGAUUCACCUCAGUCUUGGAAGAAUUACAACACCUUUCUCACGAGUAUUUUUUUACUGUAUGCAUUUAUAUUGCUCGUGCUUUAUAUUCUUAUUGGCAGAACCAUCCAGAUCCAAAACAAAAAACGUAAAAAGGGACUUCAUGGAAAACAAUUACAGUCGGCGAAAUCAACAAAUGAUUCACAUAAAAUGACCAAAAUUGCCUUUACAGUGAGCACUGUGUUUGCCUUUAGCUAUCUUCCUUUGUUUGUGAAUGAAUGGGCAACCAAAGGUUUGAACGAGAAGGAAAUGGACUUAUUUACGUUUUCGUUGCUUAAAAUUGUACAAAGGGCCUAUCUGAUUAACCAUGUAGUUAAUCCUUUUAUUUACGCUACAUUUGACAGGCGAUUCCGGCAGCAAGUGAAAAGUUUGAUAGUGUGCAGAAAAAUGCACAAAGAAAAAGUUUCUGAUACAGAUAGCAGUGCAACCAAACCCUCAACGUCAGCUACAAGUGUUUGA